AUGGAGCAUUAUUGGGGUGCCCCCACUUCUCUGAGUAAGUUGUCAGAAACUUUUAAAUUAAAAUCAUCGAGCGUGACAUAAUUUGGUGCUGUUUUGGACUUAUAUUUUUAUGUCAGUAAUUAUCUUAUGUGUUAAUAAAAAUGUAAAUACAAAAUUUGGCUACUACUCAGGAUAAUUUUAGGAGAAGGCUUCUGGUCAGAAAAUGCAAAUGUAAGGUGGUGAAAGAAUGAAAUGCUCUUGAUAAUCAAAUGCAAAAGUAGGAUACCGUUCGCAUGCACUUGAUGAUCAGAUUCUUCUGAUUUUUCUUUGGGGAUUAUGUGAUUAUUCUUUCUUGUGAUGAUUGCUUCAUUUUUCUGAUGGUCUUUGAAAUUGUUUAUUUGGGGAAAUAUGUGGAGAUAUUUUUCGUGAAUAUGUGGUGAAGAGUUAGAAGUCUAAAUUACUUAUCUAAAUUUUAUGAGCAUUUAUAACGAGGGUACAAAGUCUCCAUGUUUUUCCCGUGUAUUUCUUUACACAACUGAAGAUGGUGGUGCUUACAUUGCUUUAUUACUCUUGUAGAAAACGAACCUACAAUAACUUUUUCUGAUAGAUGAACUUGUGGCAGCUCUUAUUUGUUACUUAGCUAAUUAAUAAAAAAUGAUUCUAUCUAAAAUCAAAAAGUCCAAAUCAAAAAAAUCUAAUUGAUGGCAUAUUUUCAACAGGUCCUUUAUCCUGUUGAAAAUGAGUAAAUCUAUGUCAUGAAAUGCUUUGAUUUAAAGUAUAAGAGAACUUUUUUGUUUACAUUUAUUGACUUUAAACCUCCUAAAAUACAGUUAGAUCGUAAACUACCUUGAUAUCGGCUCUUCUUCAAGAAACAUCCAGAACAUCGAGUUUUAAAUAUCCACUCUUCUUUUCAUUGGUUACUUGAAUCGUUGAUUCUGUAGAAAACUGAGACCAUUUUUUUGAUUGCAGGUUCACGUUACAAUUGGUUGAUGAUAUUUAUCAUCUCAUUUUGUAGUUUUCGAGAUGUUUUGCCGCAGGAAACGACACUAAGUACUAAUUCUCGUGCGAAUUUCAAAGUUAACGCAUCUCCACCGCUUAAAGGACUAUUUGAUCCCAUAGAUAUCUCACCUGCUGUCGUUCCACGCAAUCCAUAUCCCUUGGAGGCUCUAUCUCCGAUGUACCCUUCCUUUCCAAGCACAUACGAGCCGAUAUUGACUGGGAGAUGCCCAUUAAAUUUCUCUGAUAUCUCAAACAUUAUAGACAAAACGGCAUCAGAUUGUUCUGCACCAUUAGCAUCUCUGGUUGGGAACGUUAUUUGUUGUCCUCAGGUUAAUAGUUUAAUGCACAUUUUCCAAGGUACUUACAGCAAGAACUCUGAGAGGCUAGUGUUGCACGAGGCAUCAGCUGCAGAUUGUUUUUCAGAUAUUAUCAGUAUAUUAGCCAGCAGAGGGGCUAAUAACACGGUACCUACCAUUUGCUCAGUGAAUUCGACGAAUAUGACUGGUGGUUCUUGUCCUGUGAAAGAUGCAGCAACUUUCGAGAAAAUAGUUAAUACGAGUAAGUUGCUAGAUUCAUGCAGCACUGUUGACCCUCUUAAGGAAUGUUGCAGACCCGUCUGUCAACCAGCCAUUAUGGAAGCCGCACUUCACAUUUCUCUGAGGGAGUCAAGUCCUCUGGGUGGUGCUAAAAUACCUGGAAAUACCAUAGGGGUUGAUGCUAUUAGUGACUGUAAAGGUGUGGUUUAUUCAUGGCUCUCCAGAAAACUGUCGUCAGAAGAUGCCAACACUGCUUUUCGGAUGUUAUCUAGUUGCAAGGUUAACAAAGGUAAAACUGGCUCACGUUGCUGGGUGUAGUAUAUGUCAUGUUUGGCUGGCUGAUUUUACCAACUUAGAGGAUGAUUGUAUAUAUUGCCUUUAUAUGCAAUAGUCUAUCUUAACGCUGUUUUGAUAAAUUUCAAAUUUUCAUGUUGUGAUAAUGUAUGUGAUCACUGGUUUAUUAGUUUGACGUCGUAGUCUGUCGGAAUUACCUUGCUAUUCAAACAAUUAAAUUGGCAAUUUCGUAAAGAAAUGUGAAGAAAUAUGUCUCACUUGAAGAACAAUCACGAGAAAUCCUGUAGCACCAUUCAUGAAUGGAUUUUACGGCAUUCUUUCAUCAAAUCUUUGGGCGUUUCUAUUCCCUUCAUCUCAAAUUUCUUGCAUUCCUUUUGCGGCUGGGUUAGGAGGGUAGAUCAUGUCUCCUUUUCUUCAACCCCGGAGAAGUCAUUGUGUGGUUGAUUGUGGGAGUAGGACCUUGGUUAGCUUUUCAUGUGCUAUGAUAUAGUUUUUGGCUUUUGCUUGAUAUAGUACGCUUCUUUUUUGGUGUUAGAUCUUGUCAUUUGUUACCCUCAAAUGGAUAAAUGUAUGGUUUGUCAUGUAGAGAUUGCUCAGUUGACAAUAAUCCAUGUUCUCAGUUGCUGGUUGAAUCAUUUGUCUGUCUUUUACGAAACUCCUUUUAAAAUGAUCUGCCAUUUGUCAGGCGUAGUAGUUCAUCGGUCUGAAAAUAUUGUGCAAACGAUAGAAAAUUAGGAUGUGGGAGAUUAAUUGGGAAAGAUCCAAUGAGUUUUGUUAAAUUCUUGGAUUUUGGCACAUAUCUGUCUUUUUUGUUGAGCUGCCUGAAAUUCAUUAUGUAGUUUAUUACCAUGGGUAAGGUAGAUGUGGGUUUCCAUUUGUUUCUGAUAUGGAUUUUGGUGUUGACUUGUUAUAUUGGUACUUCGAAUCAAUCAUAUUUGGACAUAUGGUGUUGGUUGGACUGCUUUUUAGUAAUUUUCAUUGGUAUUAUAAAAAAAUUCUUGUAAACCACUCAAUUCAGCACCCGUUUAUUGGUGGAUACAGUCUACAUUUGUCUAGCUUGCAUGUGCGGCGUUUCACCAUCCAGUGAAGUAACUUUGUAUGGUUACUUGACGGAGGAAGCUGUGCCCCUGAGAAGAAUUUUCUACAUGCGCACACUCUCUGAUUGUUGCCAACAUGUUUUCCUUCAAUGCUACUCGUGGAAUGAUAGUGUUGUUAAUGUGAUGGGGUUCUUGGUAUUGAACAGCACAGGCAAUACGACUCUUUAUAUUUCUACUGCGUAGGCAUACAAAUUCUUUCGUAGAACAUUGAUACAACUCUUUAAUUUUCAUUUGUAGUGAUUUGUCAGCAUAUCCAGUGAAAUAACUGAUUAAAUGUUAAAACUUCCUAAUUAAUGCCGGAAUAUACAUUACAAUUUUACCAAUGAACUUGCUGCGACGAUGAGCUCUAUACGUACUUAUUAGAAAUGGUGCUAAGACAAAACCCCAUGCAAUGCCUUUGUCUCAUUGAGUUUGGUCCAUUGUUUGAUUGGCUAGAUACUGUUUUUAUGCCAGGUACAUUAUUUCUAUGUACCUUGGUGUAUCUCUUUUUCUUUUUUCUGGGUUCUGGUAGUAGAUAUUUCCGUGCCAUCCAUCAGAUGGACUCAUUACCAGGGAUAUGCGGUUGUACCUCAACUUUUCAUGGGGAAUCAAUCUAAAAUUUAUAGUUGGUCCCUCUUUUUGGGAUUGCUUCAUUAUGUUUAAUUUAGCAUUUGGUUUCAUAAAGUUUUGAUGGCUUGUGGUUGCCUGUAUGAGGAUUCAUGGCUUCUGCUCUUCGUCGUCAUUGGCAGACUCCAGAAAACUUAUAUGCCUUAUUUGAUGUCUUUUAUGCAGUGUGCCCUUUGCAGUUUAAGGAGCCUUCAGCUGUCAUCAAAGCAUGCCGUGAUUUGGCUUCUCCAAAUCCUUCUUGUUGUAAUUCUUUAAAUGUCUAUAUUUCUGACGUACAAAAGCAGAUGCUAAUAACAAAUAGGCAAGCCAUAAACUGCGCCACAUUGUUUGGGUCCCUUUUACAGAAAGGUGGUGUUAUGACUAAUGUAUACGAACUUUGCGAUGUUGACCUAAAGGACUUCAGUUUACAGGGUAUAGCUGCUACUCUUAAUUUUUCACUUUUCACAUCUUUUGAGCUCAACGCGCUUAUCUUUCAUCUUCCUAUCUGACUUGUUUUCCCCGCUGUUAUGCAUUCUCCUCAUCUUUGAACUGGAGUAGCUUAUCGGCAGCAAGGUUUGUCAGAGGACUUUUUUUUUUCUUUUGAACUAAUCAAUAUUCCUUUCAAAUCCGAACCGUUUUUCUUUCAGAAAAUAAUAAAUUAUCUGGCUGCAGGUUGCUUGCUUCGGAGCUUGCCGGCAGAUGUCCUAUAUGAUAAUUAUACUGGUUACAGUUUUACCUGUGACCUGAGUGAUAACAUAGGUGCUCCAUGGCCUUCAUCGUCUUCGCUUUCCUCUCUCUCCCUGUGUGCCCCAGGUACCCUGUUGGGAUUUCUUUAUUUAUUUUUUUCAUCUACGAGUUGAAGUUUUGAAAGAUGUUGCCCUGAUAUGUGCAUCUGAAACGUGUUUCUAAUCCCUGUGUUACCCUGUAAGCACAGCAAUAAUGAGCCUGUGUUUUACUAAGAAAGUGACGAAGAAUUCUACUUGGGUGUACUAAAAGGGGAUGCCUGUUUAGACAUGCUUUCUUAUUACUGUAAUUGGAACUCUUGCAUGAGUUUGGGCUUCCUUGUCUUGCAGAGAUGUCAUUGCCUGCAUUGCCGGUUUCCCAGACGUCUGGAACUCCUGGUAUGCUUUUUAUUUGAUGACAUGAAAUUUAUUCUUGUUUAUAUUAAUCGUACAUUUUCUUACUGCUCGUUAGAAAAGGGGCUUUCCUCUGAAAGAGGAUUCCAAGAAGGUUCUAUGAAGUCCACUUCAGAUUUGUUCGAGAUCCACGUGGUAUUUUCCGUGUUGUAUUUUUGCCGUGUUUAUAUGCGCGCGAGUUCUGCAUGCGUCGUACUUUUUGCUUGUUGACCGGUAGUCUGGAAAAAAAUACGUCAACUCAUUUAAAUUGAAUGGUUGUCUAACUCCCAUACAUGUUCACGAUGGUCUUGUGGAGGAGCGCGAGAAAACGAUUGAAAUGUUCCCACGUUGCGGUUGAGCUUGUGACACCGAUGGAAAACUGUAGAAAAUGGCAAAGAAAUUGAUCUGUGUGGGAAUAGAGUAAUGAUGAGCAUGAUUCAUGGUUUUUAAGAGAAUUCUUUCUUCUACCCUUUUAUGGCCAUUAUAAAAAUAGUUUUGUUGCGACUGUCAUCAUUUGUUUCAACCUUUUCACAAUGCUAGCGAUACCGAUGGCAGUAAUUAUCUUUCCCCGCGUGUCCUGUGGUCUCACGUGUUUGGCAUUUGUGACGUAGUUGCCUAUAACGAAGGCAUGGGGAUGCGACCCUGUCCGUUUCAAGCGACUGCGAUUAGAUUGCAGCGUCUCUCUCUCGGUAGUCUCCUCUGCAGUUAGUUGUCUUCGAUUUUGACGUGUACAACCCCUCCUGUGACGGCUCCUUCGUGGUCUUGUUGGGCCUUUUUAUUAUGGCCUUCCUCGGAUUUUCAUAA